AUCAUGAUUGAGAACGCCGAUCAGGAAGAACUGGGAGAGAAAUUAUACAACGUUGUAUUUUCCAAGCAUGGAGAAAUUGCUGGCAAACUGACAGGAAUGCUUUUAGAGCUGCCGGAUUCAGUCAUCACACAGAUGCUUCAAGACGAGACUGUCCUUAAUGAUGGGAUCAGCAGAGCUCUACAGGCACUCAACCAGGAAAGUCAGGUGUCAGAAGCAGAAGAGGCCUCUGCCUCCUCAGACUCUCUGGGCGAACGACUCUACGACCUCAUUGACCUUCACAACACAGGGCACACUCACAAAAUCACAGGCAUGCUACUUGAGCAAAAGAAAGAGGCUGUUCUUCAACUUCUGUCAGAUCCUGAACUUCUAGAAAAGAAGAUCAACGUGGCCCUGAAAACGCUUGCUGAGCAAGGUGAGGAACAAGAGGACAACAUGACGGACUCAGAUAGUGAGGCUGAAUCUUUCGGAGAGAAAAUAUUCCGUCUUGUGGAACAGAUAGACCCCACUCACUCAGCUGACAUCACAGGUAUGCUGUUGGAGAUGGACUCAGAGAGCUUGAGUCAGAUCCUGGGAGACCGCUCCUUGCUGGAGGUCGCAGUUCAAAGAGCACAGACUGCUCUAGCUGCACACACCCAGGCCCUCAGCUCCACAUAGUGGGUGCAAGUCAAUCUACUUCCUCCUGUCCUUUCCUGGUCCUACUGUCCUCUUGCCUCCGUGGAGAAAAAAACAUUUAAGUUUCCUUAUUGUCAACUUUUGAGGGGCUUUCUCUCCCAUUCAACAUCUGGAUUGCAAAAGAGAGGAUGACUGUUGAAUUGUGUUUUUGCAAGAUGUUGACCAAAACCUAUCAAUGAUGUUAAGUCUCAGGUAAUGAAGCAGGAGAUCUUCAAGAAAGGCGUUUCUAUGCACCACGUGGGGCAUGCGGUGUGAGUUGAUGGACUUGAGGCUAGAGUGCAGGCCUACUGAUGGUAGCUGAAGAAGAGGAUUGUGCACAUCCCAGGAAAAGGUACAGGACGAAGGCCAACUGUAGUUUUCAAAGUGAGAAGUCCGCACACUUAAAAUCCUCCUUAGAGAAUCUGAUGAAGACUGUUGAAGUCGAAACGCAAUCCAACCAUGAAAUAAUAAAAGACAACAAAAAGGAUUUUAAGUGUGUAGACCUUUCACUUUGAAAACUACUGAUGGAAGCUGACACGCCAGCAUUCCAGUGACAGUAUGUGUGACAGUCCCGCCACAGGUGAAAAGACUGCAAGGAACCUGUCUAGUGCCGAGAAACAGAAUUGAUCAAUUCUGGAAGAUUUGUAACGUCAUAGUGCUCAAUUUCCCAUUGUGAUUUUUUUGUGUGUGUGAUUAUCAAAUGUGUCCCUAUAUAUAUUUUUUUUAUAUAUUUUUUUUUGCCAAGAUUUCAAAAGAUUUCAAAUGUGUUAUCCAGGGUUACACACUAGUUAAUGUGAACUUAUGGUUCGAAACUGUGCCUAAUCCAUUCAUUGGUUUUACAUUGAUUGAACUGUACAUAUUAUAAAUACAUUCUUCGUAUUGUUCAA